AUUGUUUGAACACUUGUGCUUCCUGACUGACAUCAUUCCGGUGUAAUGUAACAUAAAGAGACAGCGUGUGUCCAAAAUUUCAGAACUACGGAUUGUUUGGUACAUUUGAUUCAACCAUGGCGACUGACUCGACCCUUCUCAACUCUGAGAUGGAGUUACAGCAGCAAGAAGACCUCUAUCAGCAGCUGUUAUCACAGACAAUAGGAAAUAUGCAGACCGCAAAUCCAGAUACCAAAGUUAUUCGGCCGCAACCCGGAAUAUGUGUGAAGACAACAUCAGAGCCCAGCAAGGAGAAGGUCUUUGUCAACAUCUGUCAGUCAAACUUACUUCCCGCUCCACCGGAGCUCUCCAGAGAAAAACUUUUGGACUUGCUCCAAUCAGAAGAUCCCAGUGGCUACAGAGUUCCCAUGAGCCUCGGGGAGCCACACACUGAAGUGGACAACAACUCUCAGGGGUGUACAGCGUAUGACGUGGUAAUCAAUCAGGACUUUUUCCAGAAGUGUCAGAAGGAACCAUUGUUCCAACAAUUUGUUAUUAUGGUGUCUUUGGAAGGUCUAGAGAACAAAUACAACAUUGAGCUUAGUAGAGAAUGGAAGGUACUGAAGAACAGAAAGUUCUUGGGGUCAGUCAGCGAGCAGAACAUUCGCACAAAAAGCAAGCCAGUUAUUCAAGAGCUGCAACCGCCACCAGAAUUCACCUUGUUUGUGGAGCCACCCUCUGGUGUCCCUGAGCACCUGAUUGCAGAAAUAAAGUUGCCUGGUGUGGUUUCAUCGCGGUCGCUGGUGCUCGACAUUGGUGAGGACCGCCUUGUGUUGACAGCCCGUCCCUCACUCUACUAUCUUGACAUCUUCCAUCCCUUUCUUGUGGACCAGGAUCUGAGUGUGGCGCAAUACAACAGCAGCACUCAGAUCCUCACAAUAACCUUGCCUGUGGUGUCAUCUUGAAAUUAACGGAAGAUGCUGCGGGAAUCAUGUUUACUCACCAAUUGCUGAGUGAAGUUAAGCAAUUCAUCAUUCUUAUAUGAUGUAAGAGUUAUUAUUAUGGUUGGUCAUUGUUUACUGUAUGGCAAUUUCUGACAUGUUCUGUAUGACAACAUCUCAUUUACACUGACAAGAAAUGUUUUGUCUUCUCAUGCAAUAUAAAUUGUAUCUAAUAUAAGUUACUGUGCUGGCCAAAAGUACUGGCACCCCUGCAGUUCUGUCAGAUAAUGCUCAAUUUCUCCCAGAAAAUGAUUGCAAUUACAAAUAAUUUGGUAGUAAUAUCUUCAUUUAUUUUGCUCGCAAUGAAAAAACAUAAAAAGAAGGAGGGAAAAAAUUAAAUCAUUUAACACAAAACUCCAAAAAUGGGCCGGACAAAAGUAUUGGCACCCUUUGAAAAACCAUGUGAUACUUCUCUAAUUUGUGUAAUUAACAGCACUUGUUACUUACCUGUGGCACAUAACAGGUGGUGGCAACAACUAAAUCACACUUGCAGCCAGUUAAAAUGGAUUAAAGUUGACUCUACCUCUGUCCUGUGUCCUUGAUGGUACCACAUUGAGCAUGGAGGAAAGUAAAAAGACCAAAGAACUGUCUAAGGACUUGAGAAGCAAAAUUGGUGGGAAGCAUGGUCAAUCUCAAGGCUACAAGUCCACCUCCAAAGACCUAAAUGUUUCUGUGUCUACCGUGCGCAGUGUCAUCAAUAAGUGUAAAGCCCAUGGCAGUGUGGCCAACCUCCCUAGAUGUAGACGGAAAAGAAAAAUCGAUGAGAGAUUUCAACGAAAGAUUGUGAGGAUGGUAGAAAAAGAACCUCGACUAACAUCCUAACAAGUUUAAGCUGUCCUGCAGUCCAAGGGUGCAACAGUGUCAACCCGUACUAUCCGUCGGAGUCUGAAUGAAAAGGGACUCUAUGGUAGGAUACCCAGAAAGACCCCACUUCUGACCCAGAGACAUAAAAAAGCCUGGCUGGAGUUUGGCAAAACUUAACUGAGAAAGCUAAAAACGUUUUGGAAGAAUGUUCUCUGGUCAGAUGACACAAAAGUAGAGCUUUUUGGGAAAAGGCAUCAACAUAGAGUUUACACGAAAAGAAAAACGAGGCCUUCAAAGAAAAGAACACAGUCCCCACAGUCAAACAUGGCGGAGGUUCCCUGAUGUUUUGGGGUUGCUUUGCUACUUAUGGCACUGGACUGCUUGACCGUGUGCAUGGCAUUGUGAAGUCUGAAGACUACCAAGAAAUUUUGCAGCAUAAUGUAGGGCCCCGGGUGAGAAAGCUGGGUCUCCCUCAGAGAUCAUGGGUCUUCCAGCAGGACAAUGAAUGCCAGCAAUGAAUCCCAUUGAACACCUGUGGAGAGCUCUGAAAAUGCCAGUUUGGAGAAGAAACCCUUGAAAUCUCAGAGACCUGGAGCAGUCGGCCAAAGAAGUGUGGUCUAAAAUUCCAGCAGAGCAUUGUAAGAAACUCGUUGAUGGAUACCAGAAGCGGUUGUGGGCAGUUAUUUUGUCUUAAGGUUGUGCUACUGAGAAUUAGGCUGAAGGUGCCUAUACUUUUGUCUGGCCCAUUUUUGGAGUAUUGUGUAAAAUGAUAAUGAUUUGAUUUUUUUUCAUUCUGUGUUUUUUCAUUGCUAGUAAAAUAAAUGAAGAUAUUACUACCAACGCAUUUGUAAUUGCAAUCAUUUUCUGGGAGAAAUUGAGCAUUAUCUGACAGAAUUGCCUGGGUGCCAAUACUUUUGGCCGGCACUGUAUAUAUAUUUUGGAAGAUACUCAUUUCAUUUCAUCCUCGGCCAUCACUGUUAGUUGGGUGCAACAAUAAAUUUGUAAAAAUUGGUUGUAUUUUACAGUGUUGUAUACCAACAUCAUUCUGAGAGCUAGUGAUUCUACUGUAUAUGAUACAUAAUUAAUGUAACUAAUAAAGAACUCCUAGUAUGAUGCAGUGCAGUACAGUUCUACUCAGGUCCCCAUGUAUUCAAAUGGUAACAUUACAAUUAGUGAUGCACGAUAAUACAUUUUUCAACCGAUACCGAUAACCGAUAAUUUCCUCCUCAUUCCUACCGAUAACCGAUAAUGUCAAGCCGAUAAUUCUAUUAAAAGAUUUAUGUAAAAUUUUAAACAAAAGAAAAUAUUACUGUGCAAAAAUAUAAUUUAUUGCUCUUUUUUUUUUCAACAUAAAAUAUGAACAAGUCGUCAAUUCCAACAUCUAAAUAAUGACAUUGUCUGACAUUGUGUAAUGGUAAACUUCUGGCAACAAUUACUUUCAGCGUAAAUAGCUAAGUUGCACAAAAAUGCCUUUAAAAGUAAGCCAUUCCUAACAUAACAUUAAUACACUGCAAAACACACUUCCUUAAAACUAGUCAGUUUUAAGUGUAAAUCUAUUGGAAAUAAGUGAAAUUAUCUGCCAGCGCUUCAGGUGUAUUUCUCUCAGAUUUCUUGGAAGAAAAAUAGCUAGCUGAAAAUAUUCUUAACAGCCUUAUUUUAAGCAAUACAUUAUUAUACUUAAUCCUAAAAAAAACUUGGAAGAAGAAAAUAUUUUGAAUAUUUGUGGCUACAGAAUAUUAUUGUUAUUUCAUUACAACAGGAAUGUGCAUAUUUAAAAUAAUAAGUGUUAAUAAGUGCCAAUAAGUUUAGAUUAUCUACUGUGACAGUAAUUGAGCAGACAAAUAAAUUCAAUUAAUUUGAAAAGUGAUUGCUAGUGUUAUAUGCUUCGUUGCACACUGUGAAAAUGAUUAACUCAAAAGAGCGAGAUGUCAUGUACCCAUUCUGCAGCGCUUUGUUUACAUUUGCGGCACUCACGAGUCGCGACAUUCGCUUUACAGCAGCUAAACUGAUAAACGGCAGUACUAUUUGGAUGCAGUUGGAGCUCGCAUCUCCGUGCGUGUUGUUUUGUGCCUGAGUUUUGUUAAGCCGAAAAUAAAGGCAGCAUUACAAAGUCAUCUGACCGCUUGUCAUUUUACAUACUGAAUGGAUUAUUGACGGGCUGACUUCGUUUUCUCCAUGUUUAAAUUAUCAUCUAACCACUGUGCCGUCAUGAUAAGCUUGCUUACUGGACAUCACUUUUCCAAAUGUAGUGGUGAAAAUGUGAUUGGCAUGUUUUUCAUGAAGAAUGGUGGUCGUAUAAACUGCAUUAUUUUUUUAUCCAGGGCUUUGGCUCUCGUGUUAUUUCGGUUAAAAAAAAAAAUCUCGUCUCGUCUCGGCGGCGGCUACGUUCGUACCGGAUAAUCCGCCCGCACCGGCCGGUUUGCCGCGGCGUAUUCGGGGCCUGGCUCUGCUCACACGCCGUGAGGGAACACUCGAGAAACCGGGGUGUUCGCCGGAGGUCCUGAAGCUGGGGAACCGGGCUUUGCCCGCCCCGGCCGGACCGGCCAGAGCGGUGGGCUCCGUCGGAAGACGGCUACUUGCCGACUAUCGGUCUCCAGUCUUGCCGGUGUUAAGCCUUAGAUGCGAGUUUACCACCCGCCUUGUGCUGCUUUCCCAAACAACCCGACUCUGUAUCGUCACAAGCCCCUAGUUUAACUUAGUGUUUACAAUAGCUUUAGCAUUCCCGCUAGCAGCAGCAGCCUGGUAUUCGAUCCAAAAAUCUUUGUGAUGCAGUUUUAAAUGGAUGCUGGGUUAGUGGUUUUGAAUGAAGACGCUUUCUUUCGGCCUCAUGGAACUUCUGCGGUACAUGUUUCGCAAAUGGCGAGAGCGUCGUUUUUUUAGUAACAGCCGCCAUAAUCAACUAUUUCUUGUCGUGUAACUCCGCCUCCUCAACCCCUCCUCCCUCAGGGGCUUCAGAGAGGGGAGGGGUUGAGGAGGCGGUGUGCUGAAUUCUUCGGUUGUGCACAUUUGGAGGCUAAAUCAAGUAUAUAAUUAUCGGAUUGCAUUAUCGGUUGAAUUUUUUAUUAUCUGGAUUAUCUGUGUGACGUCAUAAUUGCCAUUAUCGGCCGAUAAUUAUCGGCCACCGAUAUUAUCGUGUAUCUUUAAUUACAAUGUCACAAUCUGGAUGUCUGGCUUUAUUUUGCGAUCACAACACACAUAGUAAUCACAUUUGGGGGGGGGGGGCAGAAGAAGAAUG